AUGGAGGCUUUAGGGGGCUACCCAGUCAAGUCCUCCGGGCCCAAAGUGAAGAAGUUGACGGUUCUGUUAAGUAUGACGGUCGGCGUGGGGUGCUUAUUCCUGCUCCAGACGCAGCUUCUGAAGCCUCGAAAACCGGUGGACUUUUAUUCCUUCGAGGUAAAAGACGCGAAAGGGAGAACGGUCUCUCUGGAGAAGUACCGAGGAAAAGCUUCCCUGGUUGUCAACGUGGCGAGCCACAGCGAACAGACGGAGACAGCGUACGGGUCACUUCAGGAGCUCCACAAAGAGUUGGGCACGUCCCAUUUCAACGUCCUGGCCUUCCCUUGCGGACAGUUCGGUGACACCGAGACCGGAACAAGCAGUUAUAUCGAGGCGUUCGCCAAGUCCACCUACGGCGUCACCUUUCCCUUCUUCGCUAAAAUCAAAAUAAUGGGUUCCGAGGUCGAACCGGCCUUCAAAUUCCUCACAGAUUCUGUGCAGAAAAUUCCCAAAUGGAACUUUUGGAAGUUUCUGGUGAAUCCCGACGGCAAAGUGGUGCGCUUCUGGCGAGCCGACGAACCGAUGGAGAGCGUGCGCCGAGAGGUGGCGGCGCUGGUGCGGGAGAUCAUCGUCAAAAAGCGCAUGGAACUAUGA